AUGGGCCUAGUUACAGGCUCAGAGGUCUACUUGCAGAGAGAACUGGUCUGUCAAGAUGACACUAUCAAGCUUCGAUAUGGAGAGAAACCAGAGGACUGCCCUUACCUGUGGGCUCAUAUGAAGACAUACACAGAGAUUACAGCCAAGGUCUUCUCUGGUAUAUGCCUGGUCAACUGCCUGUCUACCCCUCUGCAUGUGGCUGAGGCGAUGCUUGCAGCAGCCAGAGCUGUCAGGCCUGACCUCUAUGUGAUAGCUGAUAUCUUAACCGGCAUUGAAUCAUUUGACAAUGUCUUUGUAAAUCACCUGGGAAUCACCAGUUUAGUGCAAGAUGCUGUGGGUGCCACAGACAGUCAGGCGGAAAGGGGCUGGCUGCCCAGGUUUGGCAGGGAGCCUGUAGGGGCUUUUGUACAGCCCAGCCUUCAGCCUCUGAUCCCAGCUGUCACUCACACCAUGUUUGUGGACAUCAGCCCGAACAAUCACAGUGCCAUCCAGAAGUGUUCAGUGUACGACUUCUUGCCCAGAUCUACCCUGGUGUCAAUGACCUGCGGUGCUACAGGCAGCACCAGAGGAUAUGAUGAGUUGCUUCUUCAUCAGGUACGAUCAAAUGCAUGUUAAGGCUUGAGGGAGGCUCCUCAGUACAGCUGCUGGAACUCUGAGGCCCAAACAUCUGACCAGGUCAACCUGCAGACUGGGAUUCUGGCUGGGAAGCUGGCACUGAACAUGCUUCACAAGGAGCUAGCUUCUGAGGGCUUUACUCAGGUGUAUGUGGAGCAGUUGGAUGAGGACGUGGUUGCAGUGACCAGACACUGUCCCAGCAAUCACCAGUCUGUGGUGGCUGUGCUGCGAAGGGCGAUCGAGAAUCCAGAAACACACCGUUAUACAAAUGAUGUUCCACCUUUGUUCAUACCAGGUCAUAUUGAAGAGGUGGUGUUGGAGGCUCUGGCCAUUGAGAGGAGUACCAACUCCAACAAAAAAGAUGACACAAACAUCAAUGGCUUGCCGGAGUGCACUGUAGAGAUCAAAGAAAGAAUCCAGCUGAAGGACAGUAAGGUGGUGAAAAAGGCAGUUAUGGUGUCAAAACACAACAGUGUUGCUCAGGAGAUAGUGUUUGAGAAGUUCACACCAGGCAGCAUCAUCAUCUUCAGGGUGACUCUAGAGCCCAGGUCCCAGGAUCAGCUGUGGGCGCUUAGACACCAUCUGAUCCAGUUUAGUCUUCAGUACCAGACUGGCUGCGUGGCUGAACAAAGUACACCACCUAUUCUCAACAAGCCGCUGAAGAUCAUCAUGUCCAAGCUGACCCUAGCGGACAUGAACGUGCUGCUGUACCGCUGUGAUGCCGAGGAGCGAGAGGAUGGGGGAGGAUGCUACAGUAUUCCUUCAUGGUUACCUCUCAACUAUGGAGGCCUGCAAGGGCUGAUGGCAGUGAUGGCAGAGAUACGUCCCAAGAAUGAUCUUGGUCAUCCGCUCUGUGAUAACCUGAGGCAGGGAGACUGGAUGAUGGACUAUGUCUCCAACAGACUCGUUGCCAAGGGUGGAGCUGUUGGAGAGGUGGGCCACUGGUUCCAGGCCAUGUUUGGAUACCUGAAACACAUUCCCCGCUACCUGGUGCCUUGCUACUUUGACUCGAUCAUCGAGGGAGCCUACACAACUGCUGUGGAGGCUGUUUUCAACCAAAUGUCAAGCUUUGUGCAGAAUGGUUCCAGCCUGGUUAAACUACUGGCACUGGGUUCGGUGCAGAUGUGUAGUGUGGGUCACAGCUGGACACUGUCCACAAACUCUCCUCACCUUAAAGAUGUCCCAAACCAUCUUAGUGAAGUCACUAAUCAAGAAGAGCAGUGCUUUGUGUCACUGGCAGCAGGUCUUCCUCACUUUUGUGCUGGGGCAUUCCGAUGUUGGGGCCGUGACACUUUCAUUUCCCUGAGAGGACUGCUGUUGCUCACUGGCAGACAUCUGGAAGCUCGGAACAUCAUCUUGGUAUUUGCCGGGACAUUGCAUCAUGGCCUGAUCCCUAACCUGCUGGGCCAGGGUUGCAGUGUGCGUUACAACUGCAGGGAUGCUGUGUGGUGGUGGCUGCAGUGUAUUCAGGAGUACUGCACACUUGUACAAGACGGUCUCUCCAUCCUCAAGUGUCCUGUCCAAAGGAUGUACCCCACUAAUGUGUCUCAGCCUACUGGAGCCUUGGAUCAGCCACUGUAUGAUGUGAUCCAAGAGGCCAUGCAGAGGCACAUGCAGGGUAUCCUGUUCAGAGAGACCAAUGCUGGGCCACAGCUGGAUAGCAAUAUGACUGAUGAAGGAUUUAAUGUAGAGGUCGGAGUAGACCAGACCACUGGUUUCAUUUAUGGAGGAAAUCGCUUCAACUGUGGAACUUGGAUGGACAAGAUGGGUGAGAGUGAGAAGGCGCACAACAAGGGAAUACCUGCUACACCCAGGGAUGGCUCAGCAGUAGAGAUAGUGGGCCUGUGUAAAUCUACUGUACGCUGGAUUGUGAAGCUCUACAACAAUGGCCACUUCCCCUAUGCAGCAGUCAACAUACACAGAGAAGGUAUAAUCACAUACACUUCAUAACAGGGUGUUUUAUAGGGCUGAUAACAGACUGGCUAAAAUACACUUUUUACAACACAAACCAUACACACACAAACACAUAU